CAAAUGAUCACGGCCGUAGCUUUCAGGUCCAUAGGGAGGUCCUUACCAUGUGGUCAGUGUAAAUCUGAAAGGGAAAGUCGUUUUACGUCUUCCUUAUAUAUACUUUAUAGACGUAAGACCAGCUGUGUGGGCGGUUCUUAGAGAGCUCGGUGGAUAUAAAAUCGUAAAAUAUUUUCUCUAAAUUCAUUUGAGUUUUUCUUCAAAUUUAUUUUCAAAUUUAUCAAGACUAAAUGGGUGCUGAAAAAUCUACCGCAACUCCUCCUCCUCCUCCUCGAGCUGUGCCUGCAGGCCGUGACAUUAGAAUUGUGAUGAUUGGAAAAACUGGAGCGGGUAAAAGUGCCACUGGAAACACCAUUCUGGGAAAAAAACUUUUUACAUCUCUUCCAAUAGGUAGCUCAGUGACUGAGAGUUGUGUUAAAGAAAGAGUUCAUGAUAAUAGAUGGAUAUAUGUGGUGGACACACCAGGAGUGUUAGACACUGGGAAGACUCCAGAGUAUAUCGAAAGAGAGAUAGUGAGGUGUCUUCAAGAGUCAGCCCCUGGUCCUCAUGCUUUCUUGCUGGUUGUGGAGGCAACGACAUGGAGAGAGGAGGAUCAGAAUACUGUGGACGAUCUGGAGAGGCUCUUUGGACCAGAGGUCUUCAAGUUCAUGAUUGUGCUCUUUACUCACGGUGAUAAACUUGGGGGUCAAACAAUUGAAACCUUUGUACGUGAUGGUAAUCUGCAAGUUCGAGCAAUUCUAGAACGCUGUUCUGGCCGAUUCCUUGUUUUUGACAAUGCAAAAAGCAGGUUUGAUAGAAAUCAAGUUGUUGAUCUGGUCACUAUGAUUGAUAAAAUGGUGGCAGUAGCUGGAGGAGGGUACUUUCAUAGAAAACAUAGAGUAGAAUGGGCUUGUACACUCUGUUAAACUCAUGGGUACACUUAGCCGGGGGAGGGGAAGGCUCAACAAAUCACACAAGUUGACUCAACAAAUCACAGCACAUAUUGAAGGGUGCACUUCUUGCUUUUACUUCCUGCUAUGGGUACACUCGCAAUGGCUGCCAGUCCAACCAUUAUGCCAUAGUUGACUUGAAUUUAGUCAUUUUACUACUAUGGGUAUUUCAGACAUUUACAAAAAUAAGAUUUGAAGACAUCCAGGCAUUGGAUUCAAGCAAAACAAGAUACAAAAAUUAUCUGCUGACAUACAUGUUCACUAAUAGAGCUCUUAGGUUGCAGUAAUAUUCAAAGUAUGUUAGGAAUAAACAUAUAGAAUUGGAGCAUAACUACAAAAUGUAUAAGAAAAACAUUGUUUUGCAUAAUACAUGUUGAUCUAUUGUAAGAAAUCCUGUCAACACAUUUUUUGAAAUUGAUAGUGAGGAUUGUAAAUUCUGAUGAAAAACAAUAAAGCUUGACAAUCACUA